UGAGAUAUAACCCAACCCCACAUGAAUGUUGACGUUGACAGAUGAGUUACAGUAGAAUGCUUGUGGAUAAGUCUGAAUUGAUAUAUUUUAGAAUUGAAGAUAUGUUUGAAUUUAAAUUAUAGAAGAGGCGUUAUUGUUUGAUGUGCAAUAUUUAAACAUGACGGAAGUAGAUGUGUUUAUUAGUAACUAUACUGUGGUAGAUCCAGAAAUUUACCAACUGUGGGUUGAUGGAUAUACUGCCAGUGAAGCAGUGAAUAUACUAAAUGGCAAAGGUCUUGGCCAACAAACUGGUGCCUCGAUUGAGCUAAUUGCCAGUGAUGUCUUGGAUCACUAUCGUACAUAUUCCUUACUCGAAAAACUGCUAAGUUAUCCCAAUAAGUUACAAGAGCAGUUUGUCUUACAAAUUGAUUCCCAGACCAGUUCAUUACUCGUUGAAAAAUACUAUGAAUUUGAUGAUGAGGUUAUUCGGGAGAUACUGGGUAAAAAAUUGUCUUCAAAAAAUAGAAAAGAUUUGGAUGAGGUGGCCGAAAAGACAGGAAAACCUUUGAAAUCAUGCAGGCGACAAUUUGAUAAUGUUAAAAAAAUAUUCAAAAGUGUAGAGGAGGUUCCUGGAUCUACUGUUGAAAAUGUUAAAAAUUCAUUUCAAUUGAGUGAUGAGCUUGCAAAGAAAUACUCUUGUAUUGUGUUUGUAGCUUGCAUGAGAUUUGAAACAUCUAAAAAGAAGCUUCAGCAUAUGUCGUUCAAUGAUUUUCGAAUAUGUUGUGAAUCUAUAAUGGAACAUUGGACAUAUAAUUUAGCAGGUACAGAAUAUAAUGAUUUAGAAAUGGAUAGAGAAUUCUUAUUUGAACUAAGAGAACUUAAAGCGCUCUUGGAUAAAGAUAGAGAGCAUAAACAUUUGUUAAUGGUGAAUUUGAAACCUAAAUUGUUACAGAAAAACUUUCUUGAUCUGGAUAUGAAUUUUAAGCUGUAUACUAGAACAUUAUUGACUUUAGCUACUACUCUUCAUAGAUCCAGGGAUAUGAAGGACUUGUUCGUUGAUUUGGCUCAAAUUUCAGAAUAUUUCAAACAAGGAAAUUGGACCAACCAUGAUUUUGAACAGUUCCUUUUAGCUUAUGGUCACUGUGCAAAUGAAGUUGAACCUUUAAGGAGUAAUUCGGCAUUGAAAUUUAGCUGGGAAAAGUUUAUGAAAGUUAUUACAAAGUGUUUAUUAGUAAUAUAUAAUUAAAACGUUUUGAAAUGUCUUCAUAUUAGAAUGUAAAUAAAAAUAGUGUAGCAUAUGAUUUUCUAAACCCUUAAUAUUUUUUUGAAUAAUAAAUGUUGAAGUAAAAUGAA